GCUGUUAGAGAGUUUCAACUUUUGAUUCGUUCAUUUACGUCUUCACACCAUGCUGGAAGGGGACCUGUCUAUGGGAGCGCAAUCGCUCAGCCCUCUCCCCUCGUCACUCCGCAGCGGUCUUACUGCCAUCACAGUGCUAGCUUGCAUAUCUUUUGUUUCUGCAGCCACUCUUUUCAUAUAUCUCACCUAUAAGAUUGUUGCUUGGCAGUUAUUUGUGCGGGAAGAAAAUGAAGACCGAUUCCGAUACGCACACCGAGGCGAGGAUGAACAACAAAACCAGACUCAACCAGACGCCCACCAAGCAGGCCACGAGGCAUCAGCUUCUCAACACGCCGCAGAUUUCACCCUCGGAAUAGACGGCGUUUUUAAUUCGCCCUCGAGGGAAUCUCACGAUGCUUCCGUAAAAGGUGAAGCAGACCUUCCCCAGGAUCCAGGCCCGCCUAUCCGGCCACUGAAAGGCGCGCCGAACCAGUUUCUUAUUCUCAUCUAUAACCUACUCAUUGCCGACUUGCAUCAAUCGAUUGCCUUUGCCCUCAACUCGACGUGGAUCAACCGGAAUGCCAUCUUGGUGGGUUCGAAAACAUGCUGGGCUCAAGGUUUCUUCGUGUCGACGGGAGACUUGUCGUCAAGCUUGUUCAUCACCCUCAUCGCCAUACACACAUUCUGUUCCGUGGUCAAGGGAUAUCGACCCUCACAAAGGCUGCUGUACUUGUCCAUCGUCCUUGUGUGGCUGUUUGUCUAUUUUAUUUCGACGCUGCCCAUUGCAAUUACAAACAACGGACGUGACCAUGGUGGACUAUUUGUCCGAGCCGGUGCCUGGUGCUGGGUCAACUCUGAUUAUGAGCGCCUCCGUCUGCUCACCCACUACCUGUGGAUCUUCAUCUCUCUCGGCGUGACCAGUGGGCUUUACAUUGCCAUCUGGUUUUCUCUUCGCAAACAGGCCCGCCGCCGCCGUGCCGCCAACCCAGACGGCAGCACAGAUCUUGGGCACCAGUCGGAUCACAAUCCAGCAUUCCUGAUCUAUCCAGUAAUCUACGUCAUGUGUACGCUACCAUUGGCCACAGAGCGUGUGGCAUCCAUGGCUGGAGCCGACAUUCCGCUGGGAUACUUUUGUUUUGCGGGAGCACUCAUCUCCCUCAACGGCUUUUUUGACUGCCUUUUGUUCGGAACAACUCGCCAUUCCAUCAUCUUUGCGUCCAAGUAUGAUUUAGAUGCCUCCGAUACGGGCGUUGGGACGAUUGCCUUUCUGCAAACCCCCAAGGCUCGGCGUUACGGCAACAUGGUCUGGGUUCAGGGCGGUGAAGGCAGAAGGAGGCGGAAGAUGGAGCCCAAGACUACUGGUGGAUGGUGGUCAUGGCAGCGCCUGACUGAACACUCUUCCAGUAUCAGAAGGCAAGAGAAGAGGAGAAUACCCCGAGGUUCUAGCCAGGAGUCCCUACGAGGACCUGGAAUCCAAAUGGACCUGGUUACCACUGUGGUGGUGGAAGUGGAAGAAGGCAAGGAGCGAGAUAUUAGAUUCCCCGACCCAGUUGCAAGCGGCAGUCCCUCGGUCAACAGCACGGAAAGGGACGCCGUUAGCACGAGAAGAGCCAUCUAAAAGAAAAAAAGUUUGUUUCUUCUUCUGGAUUUUCCUAUGUUCAUUGGGGCCUUUGGUGGGUUAUGGGUUUUGCAUGGAGCCUCGGCAUCCGCGCAAGCUUGAUGAGAAAUGUAAUACUAUAAGUCAUGGGUUUUUUUUUUGGGAUCUCUACAUUCAUAUAUCUGCAUCAUCAUAGCGAUUUACUGAGAUAGCAGAGGAGACUUUUGAUAAGUUUAUCCUCCUAAUAACAAACAUAUUGUCACAA